CGAGGUUUUCGACUUCCCGUAGUCCUAUUGGUUUUAGGCUCGAGGGAUCUGACAUCUCUGCUUCCCCGGAGUAACUGCUGCACGAUUCUCUUGAGAAGCUUGGUUUCUUUACAUAGAUCUAUUGAAAACAUCUGGAGAAAAUGACACACUGGUUUCAUCGGAACCCAUUAAAAGCCACCUCACCUGUUUCCUUUAAUUAUUAUGGUGUAGCUACAACACCUGCAGCUUCAAAAAUUUGCAAUGAUUUAAGAUCGUCAAGGACACGACUGCUUGAGCUGUUCACUGAUUUGACCUGUAACCCAGAAAUAAUGAAGAAUGCAACAGAUUCCUACUUUUCACUUUUGCAAGGGUUCAUAAAUUCAUUGGAUAACUCUACCCAAGAAAGCAAAUUGAGAUAUAUUCAAAACUUUAAGUGGACUGAUACAUUACAGGGACAUAUUCCAAGUGCCCAGCAAGAUGCUGUGUUCGAAUUGAUUUCUAUGGCAUUUAAUGUAGCUUUAUGGUAUUCCAAAUAUGCAUCAAGAUUGGCUGGAAAAGAAAACAUAACAGAAGAUGAAGCAAAAGAAGUUCAUAGAAGUCUAAAAAUUGCAGCCGGAAUUUUCAAACAUCUGAAGGAAAACCAUAUUCCCAAACUUAUCACACCUGCAGAAAAAGGCAGGGAUUUGGAAGUUCGACUCAUAGAUUCCUACAUUAUUCAAUGUCAAGCUGAAGCUCAAGAAGUUACAAUUGCUCGAGCAAUUGAACUCAAACAUAAUCCUGGUCUUAUUGCCGCACUGGCAUAUGAAACAGCCAAUUUCUAUCAAAGAGCUGAUCACAGUUUAUCCAGUUUGGAGCCUACCUAUACUGUUAAAUGGAGAAAAUACCUUCACUUGAAAAUGUGUUUUUACACAGCUUAUGCAUAUUGCUAUCAUGGUCAGACUUUGCUGGCAAGUGAUAAAUGUGGUGAAGCAAUCAGAUCUCUCCAAGAAUCAGAAAAAUUUUAUGCCAAGGCCGAAGCAUUAUGCAAAGAGUAUGGAGAAACUAAAGGGCCUGGAACAACAGCCAAACCUUCAGGACAUCUAUUCUUUAGGAAGCUUGGAAGUCUUGUGAAAAAUACUUUAGAGAAAUGUCAAAGAGAAAAUGGAUUCAUCUAUUUCCAAAAAGUUCCAACAGAAGCACCACAACUGGAACUCAAAGCAAACUAUGGUCUUGUAGAGCCUGUACCUUUUGAAUUUCCUCCUGUUAAUGCACAUUGGACCCCAGAAAUACUAGCUGCAUUUGAUCUCACCAAGAGGCCAAAGGAUGAUAGUGCCAAACCCAAAUCAGAGGAAGAAUUGAAACCAAUCAAAGAACCAGAUAUAAAACCCCAAAAGGAUAGUGGCUGCUAUAUUUCCUAGAAGACCACAGAAACAUUGAACUUUCAUCUUAAGUGUAUUGGGAACUCUGGGACUAUAGAUUCUUUUUUGUGAUUCCUCCAAAGCCUGAAGAAUAAUCUGCUUCUUUUCAUGGGCCUUCACUAUGUCAGUGCUCAGUUUUUAAUAGGGGUGGGGUGUUUUCUAAUGCUUUAUUUCUUUGUUUCCACUUUAGUCAGGUCACCAGAAUAGCUUCUGAAUACCUUACUGUGUCUUGAAGAUACGGGAACAAUGUUUUUGAAAACUCUAGAGUAGUAAUAUGUGUCAGGUUAAUAUAUUAAAUUAUAACAAAGAAUCAUGGUUCUCCUUGUCACAAAAAAAGUUUAUUUUCAUUUCUUAUCUAUCAUUGAAAUCAGAGGAAAGGUAUAGAUAAAAGUCAACAAAGAAUGAACAGUUCCUACUUACUCAUGGUUAUAUUACAUCAUGGCACAAACCUGUAACACUCCCAAGCCAUUUAUUAUUUCUUAUGUAAAGCAACUUUCUUAUAAUAGAACGAAUCUGAAAAUCAUUAGGAGUCAGGCUAUAGAUACAUGUUUGCUUAAAAAUUAAUAUUUUUCAACCAGAAUUGUAGUGUACAUGUUGAGAUAACUAUGAAUUUUAUUUCUGGUUACCUAAAUGUAGGAUUUCUUUCUCCAGAUCAAUAUUUAUUUCGAAUCCCUUCUUAGAGAGCUUAUGUGAUGAAGUGACUGAUUUUUGUAUAAUAUGCCUUAGUAUAUCUGUAUGGAAGAAGAUAAAAAGAAAUUGUUCCUUGGAAAUCAUGCAUCAUACAAAAAUGCAGAAAAUUUUUAAUGGAAAAAUUACUUGUUUGAAAAUACAUUGGUUAUCCUCUUAUUUCUCUUUCUAAGAAGUGCAAAUCAGUGUUUUGUUGCUUUCAAGUAAUAGUCUCGAUAUCUUGCCAGAAUAGAAGAAUGAAAAAGACAUUUAUUAAGUAUUUAUUACCUGUUGAGUACUGUGCUAAGCACUGAAGAUACAAGUUAAAAAAAGAGGACAGUCCCUACUCAAGGAAUUCAUACUCAUUGGUGAAAGACUGUUGACACAUAAAGACACAUAAAAAGAAAUUCAACUUCAGGGCAGAAGGAAAGGCUUGGAAGUUCUGAGGGCACCACAGCAGAGUGGAUGGCAUAGUCCAGAAGUCCUUGGGUGGGUCCUCAGGGCAUCAGAUGGCUGCCCUGGGGUCUGUUGGGCAUAUUGGAAAGGCUGACGUUUUGAUCUGUUAGACCAGGGGUCGGCAACGUAUGGCUCUUUCUGCAGAAGCCAUAAAGUCAAUU